CAAGACCGCAGCUAACCGCGCAUUGCACGCGGCCGUGGACACUUCUCUUUCCGAGUGCUGCAGAAAUUGGCUGCCCUCGCAGCCGACCGGACAUACCUCCACUCGACCAAUCCACCUUGCACGCGCUCGUCGACGGUCGCUGUCGAAACCGUAACUCGAGGAACAACAAAGGAUGAGGCCCUCGGCGACGGGGCCGGGCGGCGGCGGCGGCGGAGGGGGGAGGAGGAAGGCCGGGGCUGCCGCGGCGGCGGCGGCGGCGAGCCGGGAGUGGCUGGUGGUGCCGGCGACGGGGCGGGCGCGGGUGGAAGAGGCCGGGAAGCACGCGGUGAUGGCGCGGACGGGGCUGCCGGCGCGCGACCUGAGGGUGCUCGACCCGCUGCUGUCCUACCCGUCCACGAUCCUGGGCCGCGAGCGCGCCAUCGUCGUCAACCUGGAGCGCAUCAAGGCCGUCAUCACCGCCGCCGAGGUGCUGCUCCCCAACUCCAAGGAUCCCGACUUCGCGCGCUUCGUACGCGACCUCCAGGCCCGCGUGCUCACUGCCACUUCGGACCAGGCUGCGGAGUUUACUGAUAUGGAGGUUGGCUCGUCUGCAGUUGCUUCACCACUUCCUGCCCCUAAUUCAUCUAAAGAUCAUGAACUGGACAUGACUAAGAAGACUCCUAUUUCAUUGGGUGAAAUUGAAAUGACUCACAGCAGCAGUGUACCCACAUUGGCUGCAGUGAAAGAUGGAAGCACCAAGGUUUUACCUUUUGAAUUCCGUGCUCUUGAAGUUUGCCUUGAGUCAUCCUGUAGAUCUCUGGAAGAAGAAACCGUGACUCUGGAGAAAGAGGCAUAUCCAGCAUUGGAUGAGCUAACUUCCAAGAUCAGUACACUAAAUCUUGAGCGAGUCAGGCAAAUUAAGAGCCGGCUGGUGGCAAUCUCUGGUCGCGUGCAGAAGGUGAGGGACGAGCUUGAGCAUCUACUGGAUGACGAAAUGGAUAUGGCUGAAAUGUACCUGACAGAAAAACUUACUCGACAAGAUAUCAGUGAGGCUUCCUCUAGAGUUGAGGUUGAUAGUCCAGCUCAUUUGGAGGAGGAUAAGUUGGAGGAUAGGGAUGAAGAUUAUAAAAGCGAGCUAGAUGAAAGCAAUGGUAGCUUUAUUGGUUACAAGCCGAACAUUGAAGAAUUGGAGAUGCUUUUAGAGGCUUACUUUGUGCAAAUUGAUGGCACGCUUAAUAAACUUUCUCAUCUGAGGGAGUAUGUUGAUGAUACUGAGGAUUAUAUCAAUAUAAUGUUGGAUGACAAGCAAAAUCAGCUUCUACAGAUGGGGGUAAUGCUCUCAACUGCGACAGUUGUCAUUACUGCUGGAGUGGCCGUCGUUGGUCUUUUUGGGAUGAACAUUGGUAUAUCGCUUUACAAUCCUGAAACCCCAGAAGAGAAACAAGCAGCAAAUGUGAUGUUUUGGGAAACCGCCUGUGGAACCAUUGCCAGCUGCGCGAUUCUGUACAUAGUAGCCAUGGUUUUGGGGAAAAGAAGUGGGCUACUGCAGUGAUGGCGCAACCCAUGGUAACUGCUCCCACAAAAGACUUGCCGGACAAAGUUCUGUAACAGACGGCAGUUUCUAGCCCGAUUCUAUAUUGCUGCCUGAAAAUGCAUACCUGUUCCUAUCCCAGGAAAAUAUUAAAAGGGAAAGAUGUAAGUUCUUUUUAUGUAUGAAAAUAGGUAGUUUUACUGGAAGACAAUUGCUGCAUAAUGUGUUGCCAACAAUACUGUCAUAGCAACUCAAGUCUUUGCUAUUACACUUGGAUGCGCAAUCGUUGAUCCCACUUGGUGGAGAUCGCUGGUACACUUGUUGUAAAAGUUUUUGCUGUUGUUGUACUCCCUCCGUACCAUAUUAAGUGACUUUCUAUUAAGACGCUAUUUAGGCAUGAAUAAAUCCAUAUUUGGAUAAAUUUGAUUCAAUUAAUAUGAGACUGAGGGAGUAUAUGUAAUGUAAACUGUUGUGAAUGAGUUAAAUAAUUGACGACAUAAUGUCACUA